UACUCAAACCCUUCAUUUUCUCUUUUACAAUUCAAACCAACGAAAAUUCAAAAUUCCAUCUCCAUCUUUUACCAAGUCAAUUUUCAAAUUAAUAUUUUCCCGAAAAGUCAAUUGUCAAUUUCUUAGCCCUCCUUAACUACCAACGCAUUUUCUUUCAAUUUUCUUUAUUCAGUUUUCGCAACUUCCAAGCUUCAUUUCUCUACUUUAAAAUAAGUUUUCAUUUUUCAACUUCAACAUCAUCGGGGAUUCUUAGUUUCAGGUAAAAACAACUUUGGUUGGAGUGUGUGUUGCCAUUGAUUCUCCUCUUACGUCCUCUAUAUAAUAUAGAUCGAUCCUCGGUCCUUUUUACAUCUCUUAUGGUGGCUGGAAGGUAGACAUGCAUUUGGAGUGAUGGUGAUUAUGGCUCAACCAUUGAAAACAGUAAUUUCAUCCUAUCGUGACCAAGACAAGAAUUCUCGUCUUUCUCCCCGUCUUUCUCCUUUGUCUCCUUGUCGGCAUGGGAGCCGUCAGUGGCGCCAGAUUCGUACUGGUAGUCUGGCUGUUGCUAUAGCAGCACUUCUCAUGUUUACCACUGCUUGGCUUUCCCUUGUUUUCUCUGAUGCAACUACCUGUUGCUUUCAUCGCAUAAAGGACUGGGAAGAUAGACACCACUUUUUAUCUUGGAACAAGUGCCCUCCUAUUCGCCUUUCAAAAGUAAUAUCACCUCCUGCUCUCCAACUAGGGACAACAAAAGAUCAGCUUCACAACGGUAGCAGUAUCAUUGAACAAGGAGGCUUGUCAGUUCAACAUAUUGUUUUUGGCAUAGCAGGAUCAUCUCAACUUUGGAAACGAAGGAAGGAAUAUAUCAGACUAUGGUGGCGUCCCAAUGAGAUGCGUGGCCAUGUGUGGUUAGAGGAACAAGUGGUUGAAGAACAUGGAGAUGAGUUAUUGCCCCCUACCAUGAUUUCUGGAGACAUCUCCUAUUUCCGCUACACUAAUCCCAUAGGCCACCCUUCUGGCCUCCGGAUUUCUCGCAUUAUCAAAGAAAGCUUUCGCCUUGGUCUCUCAGAUGUGCGUUGGUUUGUCUUAUGUGAUGAUGAUACCAUCUUCAAUGUGAAUAACCUGGUUGAUGUUCUCAGCAAGUAUAAUUCCUCUGAAAUGAUUUACAUAGGUAGCCCUUCAGAGAGCCAUUCGGCUAAUACCUAUUUUAGCCACUCAAUGGCCUACGGUGGUGCCGGGAUUGCAAUAAGUUAUCCGCUUGCAAAGGCCCUAUAUGAGAUUCUUGAUGAAUGCAUUGAGAGGUACCCUGGGCUGUAUGGUAGUGAUGAUAGACUGCACGCCUGCAUCACUGAACUUGGCAUUCCACUGACCCGGGAGCAUGGUUUUCACCAGUGGGACAUAAAAGGUGAUGCUCACGGCCUUCUAUCCUCUCACCCAAUAGCACCGUUUGUGUCAAUUCAUCAUGUUGAAGCUGUUGAUCCCUUUUAUCCUGGUUUGAGCUCUUUGGAAAGCCUGAAACUUUUUACAAAGGCCAUGAGAGCUGAACCCAAAAGCUUUUUACAACGUUCAAUAUGUUAUGACCAUUCCCGGCAUCUAACAUUUUCAGUGUCACUUGGUUAUGCCAUUGAAGUCCUGCCUAACAUUGUUUAUCCACGUGAGCUGGAGCGCUCUGAACGAACCUAUUCUGCUUGGAAUGGUAUUAGUCAAAGGAAUGAAUUUGAUUUUGAUGCUAGGGACCCACACAAAUCUGUGUGUAAAAAGCCCAUUCGAUUCUUCUUGAAAGAUACUGGAAGAGAUGUUAAUGCUUCUUGGGGUUCAUAUGUUCGGAGUAAAGAUAAAGAUGAUUUCAAAAGGAAACUUUUCUGUUUUCCUCAAUUUCCCCCUCUGUACAAUGUGCGAAAGAUCGAAGUAGUGGCACAGCCUUUGAGCAAGAAUUGGCAUCUGGUGCCCCGUCGUCUCUGUUGCAACCAAGGCAAAUCUGGCAAGGACAUACUCCAAAUCUCAGUUGGACAAUGUGGGAACUGGGAAGGGGCCUUUUAGCUCGUUUACUGAUUGUGUAGGUCAGUUAUGAAAUAGCAUGUUAGGAUUACUCUCACGUUUUUCACAUGAUUCGGCCUUUUGAGUGGAGAGCUAGUUCCAUGCGGCAUAUUUUUUCACCUUGAAUUGAUCUUUUUUGAACUUAAAAUUUCUAUGUAGAGAAAGGUUUCUAACACCAAGAUGUGAGUAUUCAAUUUUUUCCA